UUCAUAGGCCAACCGACAAUGCCGACAAAAACCGCGGACCAGGGAAAGAUCCGGGUUAGUCAGCUCGUUCAGUAGGAGUGGAUGGGACUCAUAGCUGACCAACAUUAUUUCAACAUCUAUUACAAGGUACGAUGUCUGCCAUAUUUUUUUUUUGUCUUUUUUGGCUACGUUGGAACGAACGCUGGAAAAUUUAUGGGUCCAUCGACACCUGCGUUGAAAGUGGGAAUAUUGCUCGUUGCAAUAUUGGUAAGCUAUUUAAAUUUGCAAUUUUCUGCUGAGCGUUGUCUAAGGCAAACGGAAGCAGAAUAAAAUAUCACAAAUUGUUAUUCACCAGGUGUUUUUGAAUGGUAUAAAUUGUGCAGGUAGAUGGAUUAUUCAAUUGCAUAUUGACCGUGCUUCAAUGAGGCU